AUGCUUACUUGGCUUGACGGACUGGAUAUGCCAGGACCCCAGGAACGGGACGACUCAGUCGCCAUAUUAAAAAACCUCAAGGAUUCCCGCACGGAUGAUAGCAGCAAUAGGAGAGACGACCACUUUGCUAGGAGCCCUUACUUCGCUUCCGACUCUAAUGCCUUAACAGAAGACGCUCAUUUUUCUAGGGACCCUUCCUUCGCAUCCGAGUCUGAAGACUCGACACAAGACUCACAAAGAGACGGAAGUUCAAGUUCGAGCGCCUGGGCUGAAGAAGAAGUACUCGAAGUUCGUGAGAUUUGGGACCAUGGGGAGGCGCUCUACUAUGACGAUUUCCCGCCACAACGUCGCCGAAUUCCAGACCCUGAGAAGUGGACUCAGGUCGACGAUCUGAUCAGCGAAAUUCGACUGACGUUGGAUGCAGCAAGAGUACGGUACAAAUUUGACGGCUCGAAGAACUUUAUCCCGCGAAGUAAAUUUGCCGAUAUUAUGAAGCCCCAGAAGGUUCUCGAGCUUGUUCAUGGCUUGGAGUGCUUCCAAGACAAGCCUCAUGAGCAAAAGCAACAAAUUGCCCAGGAUAUCUGUUUCGGCUCAAGUAACCAACGCCCUUCGCUUAAGAUACUCGGCGCCUUGGUUGCCAGCAAGCAAGUGGGGGACCUUGCCCGACAUCUCCAGAGUGGCUUAACCGACGGCUGCCUGCCAUUAAGAGAAGAUGACGACAAUAAGUUCCAUCUUCGCUGUCAGUGCUCUAACCUAGACCACACCGCCGUGAUAAAUGAUCCCAAUGCCGUUGCCCAUGAUCGGGAAAUAUUCGCCGAUUGGACUAAGAAAUUUAUCGCUCCUUAUAUUAGGUAUCAACGAGGUCUAGGUUUGCAUUGCCAUUACAUAUUCGAGAAUGGAGUCUGCCUUCCCAUCCAAUCUAAUGAAGAAGUUAUCCCUGGCCAGAGGAAUUCCGGAGGGCAGUCCGAAAAUGACAAAUAUGGAAGCUUUGACGAAGUUUUCAAGGUUAAAUUCUACGAUUGCCAUUGCCGUUUCGAAGACACCGGGAUGCCGAAUUCUCGAGGGUACUACGCGCUUAAAAAGUUGACGUCUCACGAACUAAUGGAUUUCGAGUUAGAGCUUUCCUCAUUGCUCUUCUCCGAGGACCACAAUUGUAGCAGGGAACACAUGAUUAAAGUAAUUGCAACGUUUGAAGAGGUGAACCCCGGGAACCGCCAGUCUACUUAUUUCCUGCUCUUUGAUUGGGCCGAAGGGAACUUGGAGCAUUUUUGGCAAUCGAAUAUGUCACUGGUCCAAGACAAGUCUCACUGUCUCUGGAUGGCUGAGCAGUUUCUCGGGCUCGGCAAGGCACUUCGAAAUGUCCAUAAUAGCCAUCGAAGGUCGCGACUACCCCAUCGUGUCGUCGAUUUCAAAAGUCACGGCGGCCGGCACGGAAAUAUCAAGCCCGCCAGCAUUCUCUUGUUUCGGCCCCGAGGGGUGGAGCCACUUCUUGCCUUGGCGGGCUUUGGUCUUGGAAGUCUCUCUCGCUCCAAGCAGGAGCUCGAUAUACAGUUUCCAACACUAACAUACCGGCCACCAGAAGUUGAUCUUCCCGGCGGUCUUGGCUGUGUCUUUCUGGAGUACAUCACUUGGUUUCUCCGUGGCCUUGUCCUCGACAGGUUUUCAGAUGAGAGACUUGAGAAGGAUACUUUCGGCUUCGAAACAGACACGUUCUUCACACUCGAGGGCAAUGAGCAGAAGAUAGCGGUGAUCAAGCCCGCAGUUAAACGCUGGAUUGAGAGUUUGAAGGAGGAAGAGGCUUGCAGCAGGUACUUGAUUCAUAUGCUUGAUCUCAUCGAAACCAGGAUGAUUCAAGUGGGCGAAGACAAUAGAAUCAGCGCGAGGGCUCUUGUCAGGAAGCUGGAAACGCUCAAGAGAGCUUGCCAGCGAACCCCUUCAUUUUAUACCGAGAACUGGAAAAGGUACAAUGCACUGCUUUUCUAUAUCGCCCAAGAGCCAUGA